AUGCAGCUCAUCCACAAACACAGCUGCCAGAGUCCUGCUGCAAGUACACCUUUCACCACUGGGCGUCGCUGUAAGCCCAACUUUGAGUUUGACGCGGUCUGCCAAAGACUGGAGCUGGACUCUCAACCCAUCACCACACUGGUCAAGAACUACUUCCAAGACCUGCAGCUGUGCUUCACAACAGCCAACUUCACUACAACAUGGCAGCACUUGGAAGUAGGCAUCAUGGCAGGCUGCACAGUCUCAUCCUUGAUUUUCACAAUGGCCAUGGAAGUCAUGAGGGCCUUAAGGUUCUGCAUCGGCGAAAACCCAAUUCCAACAAUGUCUCAGCAGCCUGUCAAAAGCCUGGGCAGAUGGUACAACGCAAGCCUCAAGGACAAACAUCAAGUAGAACAACUAAGGCAAGAGAUCGCAAAGAGCCUGGAUAACAUCGACAAAACUCUAUUGCCAGGGAAACUGAAGUUUCGUACCUGGGCGGAGGUGGACAUCAUCCGAUGCGGUGCAGCAAGCUACAGCAGCCCUGAGGCACAAAGAUAUCUUGGGAAAGGUCCAACAGGGAAGAGCAGGCUUUGGCGUGACUGCAAGAGAACCAUCCUGGAAAAAUGCUACAACAUCAGAGCGGAGGACGCUGGUGGUGGAGGAGUGGUACGGCGAGGAUCCAAUCUGUGCCCUCUGCCCAACCCCAGCAACCCUCAGACACAUCAUGACAGGAUGCAAGACGAGCCUCACGCAGGGGAGAUACACCUGGCGGCACAACCAGGUCCUCAAGAGCUUGGCAUCAGCCCUGGAGAGCAUGCCAGACUUGGUGCUCUGGUCCCCUUCGGUGAAGACUGCUUAAUCAUAGAGCUUACAGUCCAAUGGGAGAACUCUGUGGAGGAGGCCUACGAACGCAAGAAGCUGCGCUACUCAGAGCUAGCGGAAGAAGCGAUGCAGCGUUGCUGGAACACCAAAUCCCAGCUGAAGUGGGAUCCCACUACAUGCCUCCCGUCACUUCCUGUUUCUUCCCUUGCAGACACAAAUCUUCUUGACUGCAGCUGUAAUGGCCUCGUCGCCUUAGCUCUGGACUCUUCCGUUCACAUUUGGAAUUCAGAAACCCGCUAUCUGCUAGGACGCUUAGACCCACUUACCGAACCAGGCCGAGACCGCCGCCAGACCGUCUCGUGUUUGUGUUGGAGCCAAUAUGGCCGUGUUCUCUCUAUUGGCACCAGGCGAGGGGAAGUUCAGGUACAGUUGUGGGACGUUGAACAAAGACAGAAGGUGAGCACUCUGCUCUCGCACUUGUCCGUUGUCCGAGCGCUCUCGUGGAAACAGCAGCUUCUCAGCAGUGGCUCGGCCCUGGGAAACAUCCAUCAUCAUGACCCCCGGGCUCCAGCUCCUCCAGUGGGCUCUGUCGUCCAGCAGGGGGGCGUGUGCAGCCUUCAGUGGUCACCGGGUGACGAGUGGCUGGCGAGUGGGUCUCCUGAUGGCCUCUUGCAUGUUUGGGAUGACAUCAUGGGCCUCGCAGGGUCACAUCAGACAGUCGCCACAAUGCAGCAACCAAGCGCUGUCAAGAUGACGGCGUCCAUCAAAACAGCAAUGGGAUGGUGUCCAUGGCAGAGAAAGAUGAUCGCCACAGGUGGAGGAUGGAAAGACGGGAAGCUUCGGAUUUGGGACACGGAGUCAGCGACUUGUGUGACUUCUGUGGACAGCAACUCCCAGAUAUGCUGUCUUUGCUGGACGGAGGCCACCAGAUGCCUGUUCACGGGGCACGGCCGCCCCCUUCACAGUGCCAUCUGCUGGGAGUGGGACUUAUCUUCACUUAGGACAAGAUGCCAUCUAGCUGGUCAUUCAAACCGUAUCUUGCACGUGGCCUCAAACCCUGAUGCUCGCCAGCUGUUUACUGUCGGGGCGGACCAAUGCUUUUACGUCUGGGACAUCUGAUUUCCACCGUGUGGUCUCCACUUUGUGAGAGCGUCUCACUAAGACACACUUCCUGUUGCUUUUACUCAACUAUCUGCAUCAUCUGAACUUGCAAAGCACUGUUUUUUCGUCUGAAGGUGACAGUACUGGUCGUCUUGCAGACAUUGGAAAAAAAGUUACAAUAAAAAUGGUGCCAUAUUUAAAUAUUUUGUACUUAUGUUUAUUUUUUGUCCGUAUUGUCUGUAUAUAUCAUUUUGACUCUUUAAAAAUCCCAAAUAAAUUCCUAAUUCUGCAA